ACAAAUAAAGAAAAGACAGGUUCAGAGACGACUUCAUUUAACUUUGGAGCAUCGCCAUCUACGCAAACACCUGAUACUACUACUACUACUACUACAGAUUCUACAAGUUCUUCCAGUACUGCCUCUGCCAAACCUUUAUUCACAUUUGGCUCUACAUCACCAACAGUAACUUCCUCUACUUCUAAUUCUUCAAAAGAAAGUGGUGAAAAAUCUGCUACAGCUACUAAGACGAACUCUAACGAAACUUCUGCUUCUGGUACAUCGUUCAUUCAUGGCAAGUCGCCUUUAUCUAAAUCUGCAUUAGCGACAACUAAUGCUUCUAAUUCUAAAGGAAGUGACAAGGGCUCUAAAGAGGGUACUAGUGGUAAGCACGUCAUGUUUAAUCUACCUACUACAACCUCUACCAGCAGUACAUCAACUACAGAACCAAAAUUGAAUAUUGCUGCAUAUAGUACAACAACACGUAAAGAAGAUGAUAAUAAUGUUUCCACAUUAGGUUUACGUCCAUUUUCAAAAAAGAGUACAUCAGACUCAAAUGUAUCUGUUCCAACAACAUUACAUUCUAAUAUCACUGAUGCAAGUCAAAUUUCAUAUAAGACACAUUUUUGGGAACUUCCAGAUGAUGCUCGUAAUGAAUUGGCUUUACUUGCCAACUUUAUUUCUGAACAAACCGAUAAACACGAAAAGAUUGCUGAUGAACUUAAUUCAUCUUUCGGCCCUACUUUGAAGGAUAUGCACGUACGCACUUUAGCUAUGAACGCAGAUGCUCUUAUUUUGAAGGAACAUUUAGAAGUACAAAGCAAAGCAUUAGAUGAGCUAAUCCUUAAGAAUAAAGAACAACGUUUGAAUGCGGUUUCAGCAAGUAAUGUUCAUAAUCAAGAUGCAAAGAGUUGGCGUACUCGUGGUGCACAAGAAAACUGGCAUUUCUAUACAAAUACAAUUGAUAGUAUGGAGGAGAGAGUAAAGCAAUUCUCACAUACAAUUGAUAGUAUUGAAGAAGCUAUAGCUAGUUUCCAAGAUCAAGAUCGAUUCACUCCUGAUGGUUUGGGAGCUGUGUUGGAUCAUCAACGUAAAAUGUAUUUAUCUUUAGCAGGACGUGUUGCAGAGCUUCAUGAGGAAACUGAGCGUAUUAUUAAAAGACGCAAAUUAACCAAAUAAGAAUAUCUUUUUUAUUAUUAUUAUAUAAUAUAAUAUAUUUAUAUAUCUUGUGUUGUAAUUUUUCUUUCUAUUAUAAUUAUUAUUAUUUUGAUACAGCCUAUAUAGUCGAAGAAACUAGGUUGGGUCAAUAAAAAAUUUUUUGGCCAUUUCCAAAAUAAA